AUGGAUUUAGUUAACUACCUAAACGAAAAUGAAAAAAUUCGUAACAUAUGCAUAUUAGCACACGUGGAUCAUGGGAAAACCACACUGGUUGACAAUUUGAUAAGCUCCAACAAAAUUAUAAGUGAUAAAAAUAUUGGGAAAAUAAAAUACUUAGACAGUAGAGAAGAUGAACAGAAGCGGCAGAUAACCAUGAAAAGCUCCAGUAUACUUUUAAAGCACAACUACAACAAGUCUUACUUGCAUGAAAUAUUUAAAACAGAGGGCGAUAAGACAAAGAAAGCCAGAGAGACAAAGGGUGUUGAACCAAGUUCGAAUAAUAACGAGGAUAUGAACAAAUUGAAAUCCACACAUUUACAAGAAAAUAACGCACACGAUAAUAAUCAACUUAAAUUCAAAGAUGAUAAGGAUAGAAAACGUGAAAAGGAAAAACAGAAGGAUGAACACGAAACAUAUACCUACGAAUCAUGCAGAACAAGAAGUAACUGCAGCAGUAGAAGUAUCAUUAAGAAGAGGGAUAAUGAGGAAGAACAGAAGGAGCAGCAGAGGGAGGAAGUAGACGAUCAAACCCACCUUAUCAACAUCAUAGACACACCGGGACAUGUAGACUUUUCAUCCGAAGUGUCAACCUGUGUUAGAAUUUGCGAUGGAGCUUUGAUACUAGUAGAUUGCAUAGAAGGAAUGUGCAGCCAAACAAAAAUUGUACUUAGACAAACGUGGAAAGAAAUGAUUAAAAGCAUUCUAGUUAUAAACAAAAUCGAUAAACUCAUUACAAAUCAAAAUAUGGAUAGUAUAAGUGCAUAUGAACAUAUAAAUAAUAUAAUAGAACAAGUGAAUGCAUACAUAUAUCAGUUAUAUGUUGAAGAAAAUAUGAAUAAUGAAAAUAUUGAAACAUCAGAAUUAGAAAAGUAUACAUACUCACCUUUAAAAGGGAAUGUUUUACUAUGCAGUAGCACACACUGUUGGUGCAUAGACAUGAACAUUUUUUCCUUUUUAUUUUGCAAAAAAAUGAAUAUAGAUAUUAACAAUUCAGAUAAAAUAAAAAAAUAUAUGUGGAAUCAAUAUUAUUUUAAUUUGAAAGAAAAGAAAAUUUUAAAAAUACCAAAUGACACAACAGCAUACUCGUGUAACAGCAAUAGUGCCAAAAAAAAAAAAAAAAAUUUAUUUUCCUUAAUUGUACUAGAUUUUUUAUGGAAAAUUUAUAACAUUACAACAAUAAAUAGAGAUGAUGAGCAGAUAAAAAAAUUAUGCCUUGAAUUAAAUAUAUCUAAUUACGUUUUAAAAAAAAAUCAACAAAAUAAUACUGAAAAUAAUACAAUCAUUUUGAUAUAUAUCAUGUCCCAUUUCCUGAAUUUAUCAAGGUCUAUUUUCAAUUCCUGCAUUGAAAUAUUCCCUUCACCAAAAAACAUUGAAACAAAUCGACUUUUUAAAAUUUAUCCAGCAUUAUAUAAUAAAGAUAUUUAUCAAAACAUAAUCCAAUGUUCUUCAAAAAAUGAUUUUACAAUUAUAUAUAUUUCCAAAUAUAUAUGUGCAAAUGUACAGAAUAAUACACUAAUAGGCUUUCGAGGAUUUUAUGACAAAAAUACUUUUUUAUCUGUAUGUAGAAUUUAUGCAGGAAUUUUAUAUGAAAAUAUGUUCUUAUACAUAUGUGGAAAGGGUAUUAAAACUGUUGUAAAAAAAAUCUACAUUUCCAUGGGUGGAGAUCUCCUUCCUAUUAGUUAUGCAUAUGCUGGAAAUAUUGUCGCAGUAUAUUUAUCCAUAAUAAAUGUGGAAAAUUUUCCAUCUGAAAAACACCAAAAAAGUGAUGUGAUGAAAUCAAGAGCAAAUGAAGAGUCUUCUAGCAAUGAUAAUCAUAAUGGAGAAGAAAAGCGAGAAGAAGAUUCGUUACACGUUAGGGUAGAUCCCCUAUUUGAAAAGAAAAAUAUUCUGAAUGAGUCGGGAAAAUUAGUCCAAAUUAUAAAGGACGAUGUAGAAAGAAGAAAGGAAGUUCCCAUUAGCAUGUCAUUAAACAUAGACACUUACAGUGGCAGCAAAAACGAUUUGCAGUACUUAUCAAACACAUUAAUGAAUUUAAUAAAAAAUAAACGGAAUAAAAAAGAACAGAACAUUUUUAUUAUGAAUGAUGAUGGUGUAUUUUUAAAUAAGAAUAUUACUUUGUCAAGUAUGAAUAAUGCAGAUUCAUUUAUCCUUCCCUUUAAAGAUACAUGUUCAACAAUUUUGCACACAAUAAUUGAACCUAAAAAUAUUCAAGAUAUGAAUAAAUUUCUAUAUGGUCUAAUAUUACUAUACACGUGUGACACAUCAAUUGAUAUUGACUUCAACGAGAGGGGAGAAUAUAUCUUAAAGUUUUGUGGAGAAAUACAUAUGCAGAAAUGUCUCUCCGAUUUUGUAAAUAUAUACAGUAACAUUGAAAUUAAAACAUCAGAUACGAAUAUUUCCAUUAGGGAAGGAAUAAACGAAAAUUAUGUAAAGGUAAAAAGGAAAAAAAAUAAAAUUCAAGCAAAUAUGAAAGAUUUGCAUUCUUAUUAUAUGAAAAUUCAAAUGGAAAAUCAAACCAAGGCAGGUGAAAACACGGCAAAUGAUGAAGUGAACAAGGAACUAAACAAAACUGUACCAGAUAAUAGUGAAAAUAGGAGCCUAAUAGAGACAGAUAAAAUCGUUACCCAAACCAUGACUCAUGAGGGAGACAAGGUUAGCGAUAUAGAUCCCAUUGCUUCAAAAAUGGAUAGUGCAAACAAUCUCUCAGAUGAUCUAUUCAAACAUAUCCAGUUAGAAAAAGAAAAUCACUUUUUAAACAUUCUUUUUAAUUAUAGUCACAAUACAGUAUGUCAUAAGUUAAGUAACAAUUCUUUUUACGUUUUUUUGAGUGUUCAAAAUAUGCCCCAAAAUAUGUUGCACUUUUUUGAUAAGCAUUAUCCAAAUAUACAAGCUGUGUUAGAAAAUAGGACAAUAUCUCCUUGUUUUUUAAAUUAUAACAAAACUGAUAUUUCCAACAAGAGUGAGCACUUUAUGUACAAUCAAUGUUUAAUAAACUUAGAGAAAUGCAUAAAUGAUUUGUAUUUUUCAGACAAAACAGAUCAUGACAGUGCCAUAGAUGACAUUGGUUUCGAACCAUUAGUGCACGAUGGGCCUGGUGUAAGCGAAAAGGAAACAGAAAAAAAUGACCCUAACGAUAACAGUUGUAUGAACAAAACAGGUAACUGCACAACUGGGAAUCAAUUAAAUUAUGAGAAAACUUGUUUGUCUCGGAAAAACAAGAACUAUAAACUUGAACUUUGGGAUGUUUGCGUCCAAAACGGAAGUGUUACCCUACUGUACAUAAAAAAAUAUUUCAAUAAAAAGAAAAGUGAUGAACAUAUUAUGGAUAACAUCCUCACAAAUGAAAAGUACAAGGAAAUAAUUAACCAUCGUUCAUUCGUCGACACAUACCUCUCAGAUACUAAUAGCGACAUAAAUAUAUACUUGAACAAUUUAUGUCUUGGCUUUAAAAUGGCUUCAAAGUAUGGCCCCAUAGCCCAGGAACCUAUCAGAGGAGCCCUAUUUAUUAUUGAAGGUCUAAUAAUUGACGAAGCAGAAAAUGGAGACCUGUUCGAAGAAAUAAACACAAGUAAAGAAAAUUCUGAAUAUAAAAUAAAUGCAGGAAAUAUCAUAGCAUUAAUGAAAGAAGCUUGUUUAAAUUCCAUGUUACAAAAUAAAUUAAGAAUUUUUGAACCUAUGUUAAGACUAAACUUAACUUGUGAAAGUAAUGUCUUAGGAAAGGUGUAUAAUGUAUUACUAAAAAGAAGAUGUUCCAUAUUAUCUGAAGAAAUCAAAGAUGGCUAUUUCUUAUAUUCAAUAGAUGCCUACUUACCUUUAUUUAAUUCUUUUAAGUUAUCCGAAGAACUAAGAUCAAAAUGUUCUGGAAAUGUAAUUUAUGACAUUCAAUUCAGUCACUGGAAUAAAAUAAACGAGGAUAUAUUUUUAUCAAAUGAUAGUUCAACUGUCCUAUACGACGAAGAUUUUGAUAUAAAGUUGACUGAUAACACUGCAACAGAAAUUGUGAAUUACAUUCGAAGAGCCAAAGGUCUAGAAACAAACGAAAAGAUAAUACAGAAGCCUGAAAAACAGUGUACCUUGAAAAAAUAA